GGCGUCACCACUACGGGCGGCGCGGGCGGCGACAAGGAGAGCGGCGAGGGCGGCAACGCGUGGUGGCACCCCGACAAGGUCGCAGGCAGCGACGAGUGGGACGGCAAGGCGUCCUCUGGCGGCGCGGGCGGCGACAAGGAGAGCGGCGAGGGCAGCAACGAGUGGUGGCACCCCGACAAGGCUCAGGGGUCGCAGGCAGCGACGAGUGGGACGGCAAGGCGUCCUCUGGCGGCGCGGGCGGCGACAAGGAGAGCGGCGAGGGCAGCAACGAGUGGUGGCACCCCGACAAGGCUCAGGGGUCGCAGGCAGCGACGAGUGGGACGGCAAGGCGUCCUCUGGCGGCGCGGGCGGCGACAAGGAGAGCGGCGAGGGCAGCAACGAGUGGUGGCACCCCGACAAGGCUCAGGGGUGGUGGGCACUGACGACUGGAGCAGCAAGGCCGCGAACGCUGAAGAGGUUCUCAUGAAGAAAAACGAGGUCAUUCCCGGCCACUUGCGAGGCACUGCCGACUCCGACGGCCCAAACGUCGCGCCCUAUAUCGCGGCGGCCCUCUUCGCAGGCGUGGCGAUCUUCGCCGCGGUGGCCGUUCCCCUCCGGAGACGAAGGGCGCUGGCCUUGACCGCCGCUGGCGAAGCUGGCGCCGAUGCGAGCUCGUCCAUCAGCAUGGCCAGAUUUAGCGGCACCUCCAGCCGGAGCCGGCUGCGUUCGUUUGGGAGCUUUGGCGACCUGGGAGGCCAGGACGGUUCUUCAACGCCAGCACCGAUGGCCGCAAUGCCGCCCCUUCCUGGGCCCUGUCCAUCGCCUCCUCUACUAGACUAUGCAUUUCCCUUUCCUGCCGCCAUACUUGAUGCUUGUUCGAUUCUACGUCUUGUUCAGCUGCUAUCCCCAUGGGUAGAUCGAAUUCCAAUCAUGUACCAUCCGUGGUCAGUCUUCACACGCUGUAAAACCAAGUCUCCAUCUCCACUCACCACCUCGGAUGCCUGCUUCCAUUUCUCUGCAGAUCUGCCUCGUGCUGCUCGUGCCCUCGCCUCUCCUUCCUCGUUAUCCCUCCCCUGCGCGUGCGCGCCUCUGCCGUUGCCCGCCAGUUCUGGUGCUGGCGUGCCACCUGGGGUCAGGACCGCCGUCAUCGUGCUCAUCCCCCUGCUCCCGCGUCCCCCUCCUACUGCUCCCUCUCCCGCCCCCCCCCCCCCCCCUCCUGCAGCUCCAGCAGCCUCCGAGCACUCAGAACCUGCUGGUGAUGAGCAGCCUGGAGACUCAGGCGGCGUGAGUCCUGCGAGGAGGACUCGGCCACGAGGGGGUCGAGCCCAACACCGUCGACGGGGCGCUUUCGCCGUGUAGUUUCACCCUGGUGGCCGACUGCCAGGAAGGCCGAGCCCUCAGCUUGGCAUCCCCCGUUCACCAGGUGUGUUUCUAUCCCCGUUCCCCGUUCCGCUUAGCCUGGACUUCGGGGCCCACUUGUAGGGCCCGUUGUGCGCUUGAAGGCAUCUGGGUGCUCCUUUCGGGGUUCUGGCAGGGACCCGCGGAUCCUUCGCGAUAAUUUUUGGGGGCUGAAUUCAAGC